CAAUCACGCUAAUCGACCAAAUUAAAAUGCAAAUGUCAAAAUAUUAGAAGUUGAAAUGUUUUCAUUAUAAAGAAAAUAUUUUUUUAUUAUAUUACUAAAACAAUAUAUUAUCAAUCUGUUCACAUUUAAAAUCUAUUAUGGUUCGGCGACAGCGUGAACAAAGCACCACCGAAGAUGAAAUAGUAAUAGACACCUCUCCACCAAAGAAACAUAAACGUCACAAACAUAGAAAACACAAAAAAAGAAAAAUAGAAAAUGAUUUUGAAAGUGACACAUCUAUCGAUGUCUCUUAUGAGGAUGCAUUGGACAAGCCAUACAAAAUGAAAGUGAAAACAGGCAAAGAGUUGCCUGGCACCUCUGCAGCAGAUCUACUUAAAGCCCAAACCAUGAAAUCAUCAUCAGACUCCCGUCGCUCAAUACCAGGUUCCUCAUCAAGCACACCUCCAAAGGCAUCUAAAAAAAAGAAAAAAGGGAGAGAUAGUGGGACUUCUAGUGAGGAGGAAAGAUGGCUUGAUGCUAUUAAAUCUGGGAAACUUGAAGAAGUUGACGAAGAACUAAAAAAAAUUAAACCAAAAGAUCCUAAAAUGAUGACUGCAAGACAAAGAGCAAUGUAUGAAAGGGGUAAUGACAAAGAAACUAGUCCUGGAGGAGAAGUGUUACUGGCAUUGCCAUCUGGCUAUAAAGAAAAAGUUAUGACUGCAGAAGCCAUACAAAAAGCAGCAUUGAAGUCACAAAAACGAAAACAAUUAGCAGAUGAAAAGCGUGAAAAAGAUAAAAAAAAAACUAUGGAUCGUUUACUCAAAAAACAAGAAUCUAAAAACUUAAAAAAUACACAAAAAGGCAAACCAAUGAAAAAACAGGAGCCUAUGAUAGUUUAUAAAAACAAUAACAAUGAAAUAUCUUUGUCAUUGCCACCUGGAGUGCAAUUCCCUCUGGAAACUAAGGCUCCAAUAGAAGCACCCAAACCUAUUAAAUGUGGAGUAGAUGGAUGCCAUAAUAAUAAAAAAUAUAAUUGCUCUCAUAGUGGCAUUCCAUUAUGUAGUCUAGAAUGUUAUAAGAAGAAUUUAACAACUAUUAUGGUAACCUAAUAUAAAUGAAUGUUAAUUUUUAA